CACUACUCGACUGGUACUACAUGUACGCACAAGCUGUCAUAUACACUUAAUCUCACUCUUCUCUACAACGACAAUACAAGACAGAUAGUUCCGACGGAAAAGGAAGCGAUACUUACCCGUAAACAGGGCAUCGUUUAGGAUCAGCACGGACCCCCCCACCCCACACCCCCCCCCUCUCUUUCUUUUUUCAGAAACCCUUAUAAACAUAUUCCUUUCUUUCCUCAUCCCCCAAACUCCAUCAUGCAGCUCAACGGUAUCGUCAACGGUAACGGCAAUGGUCAUGGUACAUCUCAUCAUUCACUCAAGCGCGUGCUCGUCACUGGCGGAUUGGGUUAUAUAGGAUCUCACGUCGUCGUAGCCUUACUCAUGACUGGAAGAUAUCUGCCUAUCGUAGUGGACAAUUGUCAUAAUUCGUAUCCCGAGGCAUUGAAGAGAUGUGCAGAGAUCGCGAGGGAUGAACUUGGGAGUGACGCGCCUCAACCUUUAUUUCAUCGAAAAGAUAUCAGAGAUAAAGCUGCUCUGGAUGAGAUUUUUCGACAAUACGAUGAACAAGGAGGGAUAUGGGCUGUUAUACAUCUUGCUGCUUUGAAAGCUGUAGGGGAGAGUGGAGAAAUUCCUUUGGAUUAUUAUCAAGUUAAUGUCGUCGGAUCCAUCUAUCUCUUAGAGACCAUGGCAAAACAUAAUUGUAAUCACUUAGUUUUCUCAUCUUCCGCAACGGUAUACGGUACACCUAAAAUCAUCCCUAUACCCGAAUCCUCUCCUUUACAAGCUGCAUCAUGUUAUGGACGGACGAAAGCGAUGGUUGAAGAUAUCAUUCAGGAUUUAUGUAGGGCGGAUGUUGGUGAAGGAAAAGGAGAGAGUUCUUUACGUGCUGUCAGUGUACGGUAUUUCAAUCCUGCAGGAGCACAUCCAUCGGGAAAAUUAGGCGAAGAACCUCGAGGAAAACCGGGAAAUUUACUCCCCUUAUUGGCUCAGAUGGCCACUGGGAGACAAAGGGCGGAUUUGAAGAUAUUUGGGAAUGAUUAUCCCACACGCGAUGGGACCUGCGUCCGGGACUAUCUUCAUGUUAUGGACCUGGCCAAUGGUCAUGUCCUCGCUCUCGACUCCCUCGCCAAGCCUUCAAGCGGGAAUACCAUUUUCUCCCAUGUGAACGUAGAGAGUGAAGGUUACUUUAGAGCGUUCAAUUUGGGUAAAGGAAAAGGAAUGAGUGUUUUAAAUAUGAUCGACGCCAUGAAGAAGGCAAGUGGGUUUGAUUUCAAGUAUGAGAUUGUUGGUCGGAGACUUGGCGACGUUCCCGACUUAACAGCCGAUCCCUCAUUAGCGGAAGAAGAAUUAGGCUUUUUAGCUCAAGAAGACCUCGAUACGAUGUGUCGUGAUUUAUGGAACUUUCAAACGAGAAAUCCACACGGAUACGAAUCGACUUCUUCUCUACCACCACCCAUCCUCUGAUCCAAUUCUGUCUUUGUGCUCUCCCUAUACAACUUUCAUGUUUCAUGUUCGGUGUCUGCUCGCAUGCUGCGUUCCGUAUUGGUCGGAUCCCCAGUCGGGAUAAGUUAGUGAAAGGACCGAUGAUAUAAUCUCAAAGUAGACAUGAUGGUCAAUCACCUUUUUUCUCUACCGAUGGGUCCUGUGGAUGUGUUCUCGAGGACCUGUAGUGUUUAAUGUGUACAAAAAAUGGACAAUGCAUCGAUUCGUGCAUGUAAUUG